CUAUAAAACCACAAAACUUAUUAGUGUUCAAAUCAGAUAUUGUUGCAUUGGCUGAACAAUUGUGUUUUGGAAAUCAAUUUUUAUCUUGAAAUCCUCGCAUAUACUUGAAACAAUGUGUCUUGCACAAGAAAAUAAAAAAUCAGUGGCGAUCGUUGGUUGUGGAGGAGCUGGAUUAGCAGCUAUUAAACACUUUACAGCUGAAGGAUCUUUGUUCAAAUGUGUGGCAUUUGAACAGACUGACAAUGUUGGUGGUACUUGGGUAUACACUGACAGAGUAGGCAAAGACAAAUAUGGCUUACCAGUUCAUUCGAGCAUGUACAAAAGUUUAAGAACAAAUUUGCCUAAAGAAAUCAUGGAACUUCAGGGAUUUCCCCAUAAAGGACCUGAAGACAAAUCAUACGUGGCAGCCAACGAAAUGCUAAAAUAUUUGGAAGACUACGCAGACCAUUUUGACUUAAUGAAACAUAUCAAGUUUCAUCAUCAUGUAAAGGAAAUUAGUCCUUUAGAGGGGAAUCGUUGGCGUGUAACUGUAAUUGACUUGCAAGAAAAUAAUGUGGAAAUAUUGGAAUUUGAUGGAGUUAUUAUUUGUAUAGGCAAUUACAGUAAUCCAGCAAUUCCCGAGGUUCCUGGAAUAGAGAAAUUUCGGGGAAUUAAAAUGCAUAGCCAUGAUUACAGGGAUUCUUCUGUAUUUAAGGACAAAAGUAUUGCAGUGAUUGGUUGUGGUCCCUCAGGAUUAGAUAUAUCAUUUGAUAUUGCAAAAGUUGCAGAAAAAGUUUACCUGAGUCACCAUAACCAGCGUGUUAAAAACAUGAAAUUUCCAUCAAACAUGGUUCAAAAAACUGAUAUUAAAGAAGUAGUGGAAAAUGGAAUAGUUUUCCAAGAUGGAUCUUAUGAACAAGUUGAUUCAAUUUUAUAUUGCACAGGAUACAACUAUAAGUACCCAUUCCUGAGCCCAGAGUGUGGUAUUCGUGUAGAGAACAAUCAUGUAAAGCCACUUUUUAAGCAUGUUCUGAACAUUGAGCACCCUACAAUGUACUUCAUUGGAAUUCCAACCAACACCGCUGGUUUCUGUAUGAUUGAUUUACAGGUACAAUUUGCCAAAACAUUUUUAGAAGGGCGAAUGAAAUUGCCAAGUAAGGAAGAAAUGAUCGAAGAUACACGCCUAGACGUAGAGUUAAGAUUAGCAAGUGGAUUACGACCUAAAGAACUCCACAUGAUGGGUCGUAGGUCAAAGGAUUAUUACGAUUCGCUGGCAUCUUUAUCAGGACUGGAAUCAGUGUCACCCGUUGUUCUACAAAUCUACUUUGAUGGAAUUGAUAGAUUUAUGUGUGAUUUCUCACACUUCAGAGAAGACAAGUACAAAUUAUUGGAUAAAGAUCAUUACAUGGUUAAAUUUCCAAAUGAAGAAGAACCAGUAAUGAGGAGACAAGAGAUUGUUUCAAAUUAAGUUUUUGACUAUAGUUUGAUUAUGAUUUAGUAAUAAAAAUAUUCAUAGUCUAUAUGAGUGCAGAGUAUACCAAUACAAAUAGUGUUAUAAAUUAAUAAUUAAACUGUAAUUAAGUUAGUUUUGUAUUAAAUAAUCGAACUGAUUUGUAUUAAAUUUAAUUUGUAUUUGAUAUUUUUUGUACUAGUUAUAUUUUUGUUUCUAUUUUUUUUUAAUUAUAUUUGUUUUUUUUAUAUAUAAAAUUAUGUUGUUUUCAUCACUAAGGUAUUCUGGUAAUAUUUAUAAUGUAUAUGUAUAAAGAAAACUAUUUGAAAACUUAUUUUAAAAACAUUGACGAAUUAUUUAUGAAUUAUAAAAAAAAAGAAAAAAAUGAAAAAAAUC